CACACACACACACUUCCAGCAGUGUGUCUGUAGGCUAGCGUGAGACGCGAGGCCGCUCCUCCCCGAGCAUGUGACGCGCAUGUGACGCGCUGCAGGCUGACUCAGCGGGGGGACGGGCUCAAACCCGACUCCGUCACGCCGCGUCAGUCCGGAGUCGCACAAUUAUGAAAAAUCCACCUUCCGCUGGAGCUGCAGCGGACGCACACGACUCCCACCGCCGCCACCGGGCUUUCCUUGCAAGGCUUACCGAGCAGCACGGCGCCGAUAGAUGGCUAGACGCCCCGGAUCAGCGCCUCGAGAGUCUGAACGGUGAAGAGAAUGUCCCAGAAGUCCUGGAUCGAACACACUUUCACCAGGAGGGAAUGUGUCUAUAUUCUGCCCGUGUCGAAGGACCCUCACAGAUGUCUCCCAGGAUGCCAAAUCUGUCAGCAGCUCGUGCGAUGCUGCUGUGGGCGUCUGGUUCGGCAGCACGUGGGCUUCAGCGCCACACUGCCAGCGAAAUACUCAGACGUGCGUCUGACCGAGGGAGAGCUGCCCGAUCUGGAGCAGUGGUCAGUGGAGAAGCACACGGAGGAGAGUCCCACUGACGCUUAUGGAGUCAUCAACUUCCAGGGAGGAUCCCACUCAUACAGAGCCAAGUAUGUGCGUCUCUCCUAUGACUCCCGUCCGGAGGCCAUCCUGAGGCUCAUGCUGAAGGAGUGGCAGAUGGAGCUGCCAAAGAUCGUCAUCAGUGUUCACGGGGGAAUCCAGAACUUCGACCUGCAUCCGCGGAUCAAACAGGUGGUGGGAAAAGGACUGAUCAAAGCUGCUGUCACCACCGGAGCCUGGAUCCUGACCGGAGGGGUCAACACAGGUGUGGCCAAACAUGUGGGGGACGCUCUGAAGGAACAUAUGUCCAGAUCGGCUCGGAAAAUCUGUACGGUGGGAAUAGCACCCUGGGGAGUGAUCGAAAACAGGAACGACCUCAUCGGAAGAGACGUUGUAGCGCCAUACCAAACCCUGCUGAAUCCUCUCAGUAAACUCAACGUGCUGAAUAACUUCCACUCUCAUUUCGUCCUGGUGGAUGAUGGGACAGUCGGGAAAUAUGGAGCUGAAGUCAAACUCAGGAGAGAACUGGAGAAACACAUUAACCAGCAGAGAAUCCACGCCCGCAUUGGUCAGGGCGUCCCGGUCGUGGCUCUGAUCUUCGAAGGCGGUCCAAACGUGAUCCUGACGGUGCUGGAGUAUCUUCAGGAGAGUCCUCCGGUGCCGGUGGUGGUGUGUGAGGGAACCGGACGCGCCGCUGAUAUACUGGCAUACGUACACAAGCAGACGGAGCAGGACGGAGCGCUGCCUGACGGCGUCGAGGCCGACAUAAUCACGACAAUCAAGAAAACCUUCAACUUUAGCCACAGUGACGCGCUGCAUCUCUUCCAGACGCUGAUGGAGUGCAUGAAGAACAAAGAGCUGAUCACAGUGUUUCCUGUGGGCUCAGAGGACCAUCAGGACAUCGAUGUGGCCAUCCUGAAGGCUCUGCUGAAAGGCACAAACGCGUCGGCCUUCGAUCAGCUGGUCCUGACGCUGGCGUGGGAUCGGGUGGACAUCGCUAAAGAUCACGUGUUUGUUUACGGACGACAGCUGCUGGUGGGCUCCCUCGAGCAGGCGAUGUUGGAUGCGUUGGUGAUGGACCGCGUGGAGUUUGUGAAGCUCCUGAUCGAGAAUGGCGUCAGUAUGCACCGCUUCCUCACAAUCACACGCCUGGAGGAGCUCUACAACACGAAACAGACUCAGACCAAUCCGACGCUCUAUCACCUGGUGAGGGACGUCAAACAGGGUAACCUCCCGCCCAACUAUAGGAUCACGCUGAUCGACGUGGGUCUGGUGAUCGAGUUUCUGAUGGGAGGAACGUACCGGUGCAACUACACACGCAAACGCUUCCGCAUCAUCUACAACAACCUGCACGGGAACAGCCGGCGGUCAAGUCGACACACGGCGGGCAGCACCCAUGAGUCUUUCAGCAUUCAGGCAGAUAAAAAAGAGAAAACACGACACAAUCACUUCAUCAACACGGCGCAGCCCUACAAGCCCAGGCUGGACUCGGUCUCAGAGCAGCAGCAGAAGAAGAAGAGUAAGGAGGAGGUGGUGGACAUCGAUGACCCGGAGACGCGCCGGUUCCCGUACCCCUUCAACGAGCUGCUGGUGUGGGCCGUGCUGAUGAAGCGGCAGAAGAUGUCUCUGUUCUUCUGGCAGCACGGAGAGGAGUCCAUGGCCAAAGCUCUGGUGGCCUGCAAACUGCUGCGCUCCAUGGGAUACGAGGCCAAGAAGAGCGACGUGGUGGACGACACGUCCGAGGAGCUGAAGGAGUAUUCCAGUGAGUUCGGCACGCUGGCCGUGGAUCUGCUGGAGCAGUCGUUCAGACAGGACGAGACCAUGGCCAUGAAGCUGCUGACCUACGAGCUGAAGAACUGGAGUAACUCCACCUGUCUGAAGCUGGCCGUGUCGUCACGUCUCCGUCUGUUCGUGGCUCACACCUGCACACAGAUGCUGCUCUCCGACAUGUGGAUGGGCCGCCUGAACAUGCGCAAGAACUCCUGGUACAAGGUGAUCCUGAGCAUCCUGGUUCCUCCUGCCAUCCUCCUGCUGGAGUACAAGACUAAAGCGGAGAUGUCCCACAUCCCUCAGUCGCAGGACGCUCAUCAGAGCAUGGAAGACAGCGAGCACAGCCUGCAGAAGCCUGACGACAUCCCCAUGGAUGUGUUUAAGGAAGUCCGUCCCAAUGAGAACGCCGAUGUGAAGAGUGAGACGGAGGUGCACGUGCGCUCCCGCCGGUUACCCAUCACACGCAGGUUCUACGCCUUCUACCACGCACCCAUCGUCAAGUUCUGGUUCAACACGCUCUUCUACAUCGGCUUCCUGAUGCUUUAUUCGUACGUGGUGUUGGUGAAGAUGGAGUCGUUUCCGUCUCCUCAGGAAUGGGUCGUCAUUCUUUGCAUCUUCACGUUGGGGGUGGAGAAGAUUCGAGAGAUGUUCAUGUCUGAAGGAGGUAAAAUCAGUCAGAAGAUUAAAGUCUGGUUCUGCGACUACUUCAACGUUUCUGAUUUCCUGGCCAUCCUGAUGUUCUUCGUGGGCUUCGGUCUGCGCUUCGGCUCGGGGAUCGUGUUCAUCACGGGCCGGUUAGUGUACUGUCUGAACAUCAUCUUCUGGUACGUGCGGCUGCUGGACAUCCUGGCGGUCAAUCAGCAGGCCGGACCCUACGUCAUGAUGAUCGGGAAGAUGGUGGCCAACAUGUUCUACAUCGUGGUCAUCAUGGCCGUGGUGCUGCUGAGUUUUGGAGUUCCCCGGAAAGCCAUUCUGUACCCAAACGAGGAUCCCUCGUGGACCUUAGCCAGAGAUGUGGUGUUCCAGCCCUACUGGAUGAUGUACGGUGAAGUCUACGCCUACGAGAUCGACGUGUGUGCUAACUCGAGCGACCCGAACGUGAAGGAUCUGUGCGGGCCCGGUGUGUGGCUGACGCAGCUGCUGCAGGCCGUCUAUCUGUUCGUCCAGUACAUCCUGAUGGUCAACCUGCUCAUCGCCUUCUUCAAUAACGUCUACAUGCAGGUGAAGUCCAUAUCCAACCUGGUGUGGAAAUACCAGCGCUAUCACUUCGUCAUGGAGUACCACGACAAGCCCGUCCUUCCUCCGCCGCUGAUUCUGCUCAGCCACGUCGCGUCUGUGCUGUCCUCCAUCUGCAGGAAGAGGAAGAAGGACAGCAGCACCUACGGCCCAAAGCUCUUCCUGACCGAGGAGGACCAGAAGAAGCUGCACGACUUCGAGGAGCAGUGCGUGGAGACAUACUUCCACGAGAAAGACGAUCAGUUUCACUCUGGGAGUGAAGAGAGAAUCAGACUCACGUCCGACAGGGUGGAAACGAUGUGUGUGCAGCUGAAGGAGGUGGGAAACAAGGUGAACUUCAUCAAGCGCUCUCUGCACACGCUGGAUUCUCAGAUCGGACACCUGCAGGACCUGUCUGCGCUCACGGUGGACACACUGAAGGCACUGACCGCGCAGCGAGCGUCCGAGGCUAGCAAAGUGCACAACCAGAUCACACGCGAGCUCAGCGUCUCCAAGAACCUGGGACCCGACCUGAUGGGGCACUCGAAGUCCAGCGCUCUGCUGCGGUGCAGCGUGGGAUUCCUGCCUCCCACCACCAGCAUAGCAGAGUCUCUGUUCGGGGGCGGAGCCGAGGAGCGGCAGGGGGCGGAGCUUCCUCCCAGCCUCCAGAGACGGCCUGCGCUCACAGCCUCGUCUGGAUCCUCUGAGGUCACCUCACCACAGCUGCGGCGCCGCGGACGCUCCGUGCAGCAGGACACGUGUCCCAGCAGCCCCGUCAGCACCCCGCCGCAGACACACACGGAGCCGGCGCACGUCACAGUGGAGUUCGGGGCCUUCGUGGGUCACAAGGAUGAUCCUGAGGGUCAGAGGUCGUUUCCUAAAGAGGGUGCUGUCAGCCGUCAGCCGAGUCCCUCCAGAAAGACUCGAGACGCGGCGGCCGCGGCGCAGGGUCACGUGCGGAUGGUGAACUCGUACGCCGGCUUCACCGAGCUCGACAGAAACCCUUCAGUCCUGCAGCCAGAGUCCGCGCUCGGGAAGCAGGAGAGCACACGCGUGUCGCUGGAGGACGUCUCGUGUUAUGAGGAUCCGCUGCUGGGGAAAUCAUCUCAGUCCAGUAAACCGAGUCCAGGAGAAGACAUCUCAAACACUGCAGCGGGGCUGUACGGUGCUCGUCACACACACCUCUCCGUGUGGAAGGACUCGAUCAGUUCUCCGUUCAAGCCCAUGGACAGUUAUCAGUAUUCAGCGGUGGAGCGUAAUAACCUGAUGCGGUUGUCCCAGAGUAUUCCAUUCACCCCAGUGCCCCCUCGAGGUGAACCGGUGACCGUGUACCGUCUGGAGGAGAGCUCUCCCAACAGCAUCAAUAACAGCAUGUCGUCCUGGGCUCAGCGUGGUCUCUGUGCUAAGAUCGAGUUCCUCAGUAAGGAGGAGAUGGGUGGAGGUCUGCGCCGGGCGCUGAAGGUGCUCUGCACCUGGUCCGAGUACGACAUCCUCAAGCCUGGACACCUGUACAUCGUCAAGUCCUUCCUGCCCGAGGUGGUCAACACCUGGCAGAGCAUCUACAGAGAGGACACCGUCCUGCACCUCUGUCUCAGGGAAAUUCAGCAGCAGAGAGCAGCUCAGAAACUCACGUUUGCCUUCAAUCAGAUCAGACCCAAAACCAUCCCGUACUCACCCAGGUUUCUGGAGGUCUUCCUGCUCUACUGUCACUCUGCCGGUCAGUGGUUUGCCAUCGAGGAGUGCAUCACUGGAGACUUCCGCAAGUUUAAUAAUAACAACGGGGAUGAAAUCGUGCCGACCAACCUUCUGGAGGAAACCAUGCUGGCCUUCAGCCACUGGACGUAUGAGUACACUCGAGGAGAGCUGCUGGUGCUGGACCUGCAGGGGGUCGGUGAGAUACUGACAGAUCCAUCAGUCAUCAAGAGCGGAGAGAAAGGGUCUUAUGAUAUGAUCUUUGGGCCUGCGAAUCUCGGAGACGAUGCCAUUCGAAACUUCCGCACCAAACAUCACUGCAACUCGUGCUGCAGGAAACUCAAGCUUCCGGAUCUGAAGCGGAACGACUACACUCCUGAUAAACUGACGCUGCAGCAUGACCCCUCCGAGGACCCGUCCGCUAAAGAACAGCGUCCCUCAAUGCGCUUAAUGCUGUGAGACACACACACACACACACACACACACAGCACAGUGUGUGUGCGGAGGACAUAAGUGUGCAUGUUUUAUAUGAAUGUGUCGCCUCUGAACAAAUGAUGCAAUCUAGAGAUGUUUUAAUAAAUCACAUUUUAUCCUGUACAAUUAUAACAGGGAGUAUGAGCUUUUAAAAGUAUUUUUUUAAGUUUUUAUGGCUGUAUAAAAGUAUAAAGUGGUUAAUAACUGGUACAAUAUCACUGUAUUGUUACAUAUUUAUUCUAAAUUACAGGAAGUAGCCUUGUAUAAAAUAAAAGCUAUUUUACGUGUGAUGUCUGUUAGUUUUGGGAAAGACCUCUGGCUCAUUAAACUAUUAUCAGAUGUUGUACAGAGCUGUAUGAAUGCAUCUAUGGUUUGAAUCUCGUGUAGAUUAUGGGCAGAUUGCAAUGCAAACCACAGAAGAGUGUGUGAUCUGACUGAGACUCACGUUAUAAUGUUACAGAGGUACUGUCGUCAGAGUAUCGUGUGAAAGGGUUAAUCGUGUAUCUCAUAGAUACAUUUAUCUGGCAGUUCUAUCAACUCAAACAUGAGAGUAUUUGAUGCUGGGGAUACUAUAUUAAUGGAUCUGUACACAUUUUUUACUGUAUAUUUAAUAAAACACUGAAAAACCUG